AUGCAGCUGCGCGAGCGCAGUGCAGGUUACCAGCAGGUGCUAGACUUCGCGCAGGUUGACAGCUGGAGAGCGCAGCGUACAGGGUUCCCGGAAGUGGUGUAUGGGGCGGGAAAGCCGGCAGAGCAGAUCGCUGCGAUCAUGCAGCAGCUUGCAAAGAAUGACCAAGUCGCCAUGGCCACACGCAUUGAGCCCGAGAUUUUUGAGCAGGUGCAAGCGCUGCUCCCAGAGGUUGUGUACAACAAGCCAGCGCGUAUCCUGACCCUGCGAGCUUCCGGCGUCAGGAAGCAACCAAGGCUGCCAGGCACGGUUGCGAUUAUCUCGUCCGGCACAUCGGACGAAUUGGUGGCAGAGGAGUGCCGAGCCACAGCGGAUUUGAUGGGCUGCUACUGCUUCCGGCUGUCUGAUGUCUCUGUGGACGGCCUACACAGGAUUCUGCACAACCUACCAGCGGUGAGGGCGGCUGAUGUUGUGGUGGUGAUCAGCGGCACAGACGGCGCAUUGCCGGCUGUUGUGGCCGGUCUAGUGGAGGCCCCAGUGGUUGCUGUGCCCACCUCUGUCGGCUACGGGGCAGCUCUCCAGGGUCUGACCCCGCUGCUAUCUGCACUCACGGCUUCGUCUCCCGGCGUGUCAGUCGUCAACAUUGACAACGGCUUUGGGGCCGGCAUGCUGGCGGCGCGCAUCCUACGGACUGCAGCCAAGCUGCGAGCCCAAGCAGCGGCCGCUACUGCAGCCAGCUCAUACCCCCACGCCUCCUAA